GUUGAGGAAUAACUUUCGUAAAUAAAACAGAACUGAUGCUGCUUUGUGGGAAAAGUGGUGGCAGUGUUUGUAGCACACAUUGUGUUGCAAUGGAGGUUUCCGUGUUUUACUCUGAAUUAGAAAAGUGUAGAUUCAAAUAGCAAUCUGACUAGGGUAUUAAAAUUGUGGAAGUGAGGCUGAAAUUAACUUUAUGUAAAAGAUUUGCGUUAAGGGUUUUGUAGACUUGUUUGAUUGGAUGACAGAGUACUUUAUUGGGUCAUUCCAUGUAGAGAAACUGAGUGGUACCCAACUGACUAUCUGCAUUAUUAGCAGUCGAGUGGGUCCUGCUGUAAGCUGUUAUCUUGCAGUGGGCUAAAUUCAGUUGCUGUUCACAAGUUGCAGCAGUGUGGGGUGGAUUUUCCAGCAUUUCUUGGAGCACCAAAUUUGGCGUAAAAAAGAUGACACCAAAACUGGAGGCUGUGACAUUCUUUAAUGGGCAUAAAAUGCCUGUUGUUGGACUAGGAACAGGGCAGGCUUCUAAAGGUGAUGUUGGGCGUGCUAUUGAUGUUGCCUUGGAAACUGGCUACAGGCACAUUGAUGCAGCUUAUCUGUAUGGAAAUGAAGCAGAAAUAGGGCAAGCUUUAAAAAAAUGGUUUGACUCGGGGAAAUUGAAACGUGAAGAUCUUUUUAUUGUAACUAAGCUUCCAGCUAUUGCAAACCGCGCAGAGUCUGUAGAAAAGUACCUAAAAAAAUCUCUGGAAGCUCUGCAGUUGAAUUACGUCGACUUGUACCUGAUACACCAACCCGUGGGCUUCCAGGAUGUGGGUGGUGAUACUUUCCCAAGAGACAAGGAUGGAAAAGUUCUCUUGGACAUGAAUACUGACAUAAUCAGCCUGUGGAAGGCGAUGGAAGCACAAGUGGACGCCGGUCGAGCCCGUUCCGUCGGGCUGUCGAAUUUCAACUCCGGCCAGAUAAAACGCAUCUGGCAGGCCGCUCGCAUCAAGCCGGCCAACCUGCAGGUGGAGCUGCACAUCUACUUCCAGCAGCGGGAGUUGGCAGCCUUUUGCAAAGCACUCGACGUGACGGUCUGCGCAUUCGCUCCCUUGGGAUCUCCUCAGAUGCCCAACCUGUUCCACGCAAGAGGCGGUGAUGCUAGCAAGUUAGUAAGCUUGAGCCCCAUGACAGAUCCGGUAGUGUCACGUAUUGCAGAGAAGUACAAGAAGACGACUGCCCAAGUGUUACUGCGUCACACCGUACAGCGAGGCAUUGUGGUCAUCCCAAAAAGUGUCAACCCUGAUCGCAUCAAGCAGAACUUCGAUAUUUUCGAUUUUGAACUGACGCAAGAAGAUAUGGAUGAACUAGAUGCUCUUGACAAAGGACCAAAGGGCCGAAUGUUUAAUGAUGCUAUUGCACCAGAAAGAACAAAACAUCCAGAGUAUCCAUUCCACGAGAGAUACUGAUAUUUCAGUAUUUGCAGCACUAGACAAUGUAUUGGAAGCUUUAUCAGGGACGUCUGAUGAAAUUCUUGGCAGCAUAUGUGAUUGCUGCCUUUUCUGCAGACAUUUAUAACAAAAUUUUUGUGAUUAUAUAUUCUCUAAUGAAAUAAUACAAAAGUAUGUUUUUAGUAAA